AUGUCCGUCACGGUGGAGCUGGGCCACAGCCAGCUGGAGAGCAUGGCGGCAGAGGACCUCAUCAUGUACACACGGCAGGCGAUGAAGGGGCUGGAGGCGCUGCGGGGCGAGAACAGGAGCGUCCGGCACCGGCUGCAGGAGGCGCUGCUGAGGGAUCAGCAGCGGCUGGGUGAGCGGGAGGCGGCGGAGGCUGAGUCGAUGGAGCUGCAGGCCCUGGAGCUCCUGGAGGAGAAGCACGCUCUGGUCUGCAAGAGCUUGGAGGGGAUCGAGCUGGGCAUCGCGGAGGCGCAGAUGAUGCUCUCCCUGUCCUCCCACAUCGGGGCCCUGGAGGCCGAGAAGCAGAAGCUGCAGGCCCAGGUGAAGCGCCUGGGCCAGGAGAACCUGUGGCUGCGGGAGGAGCUGGCCGUGACCCAGCUGCGGCUGCAGCACAGCGAGGAGUCCGUGGCGCAGCUGGAGGAGGAGAAGAAGCACCUGGAGUUCCUCACCCAGCUGAAGCAGUACGACCCCCGGGCGGAGCAGCCUGAGCAGGACGACGCGGAGCAGAGGAAGGACAGCUUGUCCUCGCUCUUCCCCAGCGAUGAAGAAGAGCAGCGGCAGGGGGUGCCGAGCCCGAGCGCAGCGGCUUCCGUGGCGCAGCAAGGCGGCUACGAGAUCCCAGCCCGCCUGCGGACGCUGCACAACCUGGUCAUCCAGUACGCCUCGCAGGGGCGCUACGAGGUGGCUGUGCCCCUGUGCAAGCAGGCCCUCGAGGACCUGGAGAAGAGCUCCGGGCACAGCCACCCGGACGUGGCCACCAUGCUCAACAUCCUGGCCCUGGUCUACAGGGACCAGAACAAGUACAAGGAAGCCACGGAGCUGCUCAACGACGCCCUCGGCAUCCGGGAGCAGACCCUCGGCGUGGAGCACCCCGCGGUGGCCGCCACCCUGAACAACCUGGCCGUGCUGUACGGCAAGCGUGGGAAGUACAAGGAGGCCGAGCCCCUGUGCGAGAGGGCCCUGGAGAUCCGCGAGAAGGUGCUGGGCACCGAUCACCCGGACGUGGCGAAGCAGCUGAACAACCUGGCCCUGCUCUGCCAGAACCAGGGCAAGUUUGAGGAGGUGGAGCGCUACUACCAGCGGGCGCUGAGCAUCUACCAGGCGCGGCUGGGGCCCGACGACCCCAAUGUGGCCAAGACCAAGAACAACCUGGCCUCCUCAUACCUGAAGCAGGGCAAGUACCAGCAGGCCGAGGAGCUGUACAAAGAGAUCCUCUCCUCGCAGGACCAGGAGGGGGCCACCACCCGGGGGGAGGAAACCGGCGUGGGAGCUGGCAGCACCCUGGAGGGCCAGCUUGCAUCGGGGCGGCUGGGGAGGGGGCCCGCGGUGGACGGGCAGGGGCACUCGCUGGCUGCUGCCGCGGGGCCUCAGCCUCUCUUUCCGCGCAAGGACGUGCCGGGGAGCCUGCGGCGCAGCAGCUCCUUCUUCCGGUUCCGCGAGUCCAUCAAACGGGGCAGCGAGAAGCUGGUCUCCAAGCUCAAGGGGGAAGGGGCCCGGCGCCCCAACGCGGCCGCAGGCCCCGGGAUGAAGCGGGCCGCGUCCCUCAGCGUGCUGCACCUGAGCGAGAGGGCGGCUGCGGCCUCGCCCACGCAGCCCGGCAGGAGGCUGUCCGGUGCCCGCAGCCUCAGCUCCAGCACGCAAGACCUCCUGCGUGGCAGCUGCCCCUAG